GUACGGGUAUGCGAGACGUCACACCGUAGAAAUUUAAAUGUAAUGUCCGCAAUGUCUAAUCCGUACACUAGCCAUGGAAGCUGAAGGCGGCACCACAACUCCCAGGUACUAUCUACUCGUAAUAAAUGGCAGAGUCGAGUACUGGGCGGCAAAACAAACGAGAACGAGUUAAGUAGUAGUAAUAAUUAACAAUCUCGGUACAUUUCGACUUGCUAGACUCGAGUACAAGGCUGAAAUGGUACCCCCCUAGCUCACGGAGUAUACCUGUUACUUGAUUCCUGUACCAUUCCUGGCCCACCGAAACCUUCCAACCAAGUUGGCCCCCUUGGUCGUAUCAAACCUCCAACACGACGUGCCCUGCACUCUUUCACUUCAUUCUACAAUGCCCGGAGGGAGAGAGUACUACAUAGAUGACGAGACCCGUGCGGCCUUGCAGACCAAGGCCGGCGUACGGUUUCUUCUUCGCACGCAUCAAACUGAAGGCCGAGUCUCGACACUCUUCGGAUGUCAUCCCUUGGGCAGAAAACCUCUCGGAAACGGUCACCAAGGCCAUGGCGGAAGCAGCCGGGCACCAACUGACCCAUUUCGCCAUACACUUCAACGUGAUCAAGCUGCACCGCCGCCACGCGCUUAUCUGCUACGAUCUCUUGCUCCAUGAAUCCGACAAGGACUCACGAAGCCAGUUCUCGCAAAACCCUAACCAACCAAUCCACGUGAUCAUCAAGCGGGGGAAUAGCCACCAUAACAUCAGGAGCAAGCGACUGGACGACCUGGUAGCAAGCCAGUACAAGCAGGUGCAGGAGUGCGAUAACGGACCGCGGCCGUACUUUGAAGAUAUCCUCUAUCCGCCCCUGUAUGUCGAUGGGAGGCGGGUCGAGCGGAAUAAGGACGGAACGCGUCAUCCAGACGAACCGGAAGGAUGGGACUGGGAGCGGGAUUGGGUGUUCGACUUCGAGCCGGAAGAGGAUGAGUUGAAGAAGGGGGAGGAGUGACCUCGGGCACAGUUGGUGGGAGAAGGACAGUGGCUUUCUAUCCUUACAAGCACAUGUAGAAGAUCGUGAUCUUAUUGAGGUGAAAAUCGGGGGUUGAUGGAUGAACCAGCUCGCCUCCUUGGCGGGGAGCUGGGUUUGGCCGCUUUGGGACGCCCAGCGAGUAACUACUGGUCUGAAUCUGAGAUAACUUCCAAGUCCCAACAUGGAACAGCUCAUGAGCUGAACGAUAUUCGACACUUCGAAGCC